AGAGUAGAUGCAUGGAGAACUCGGAACAGAGAGCCCGGUAGAGAAAUGUUGAGGAGACCACUCUCCUUUCUCCCGCGGAGACCCUUCUCCUCCACACCCGAAAUUCCAUCCCUUUACUCCUUCCUCCAACCUUCCAUCUUCGCUCUCAAGAAAACCCCAUCACCACCGCCUCCGACAUCCCCAGACCAAUCUCCGCGAGCCCUGACCCCAGAUCACAUAGCCACGCUAGAGACCACGCUCCACCAGUCCCUCCUCACCAGCAACACCGAUGAGGCGUGGAAAUCCUUCAAGACCCUCACCAGUAACACUGUCUUCCCAAGUAAGUCCCUCACCAAUUCUCUCGUCAUCCAUUUGUCCUCCCUCAACGACAUUCACAAUCUCAAGAGGGCUUUUGCCUCUGUGGUAUAUCUUAUAGAGAAGAAGCCUAAGUUGUUGGAUUUUGAAACGCUUGGGAAUCUAUUGAGUGCUAUGAAAUGUGCCAACACUGCUGCCCCUGCUUUUGCUUUGAUAAAGUGUAUGCUAAAAAAUAGGUAUUUUGUUCCCUUUGGAUUAUGGGGGAGUGCGCUUGUUGAAAUAAGUAGGAAAAAUGGUAACUUUGUCGCAUUUUUGCGGGUUUUCGAAGAAAAUUGUAGGAUUGCUUUGGAUGAGAAGUUGGAUUUUAUGAAACCUGACCUGCCGGCUUGUAAUGCGGCAUUGGAAGGGUGUUGCCGUGAACUAGAAUCAGUGAGCGAUGCGGAGAAUGUUGUUGAAACAAUGUCCAUUUUGGGUAUUAGGCCAGAUGAAUCGAGUUUUGGCUCUCUUGCCUAUUUGUAUGCACUUAAGGGGCUUGGAGAAAAGAUAAUUGAGUUGGAAGGUUUGAUGGAUGGAUUUGGUUUUUCUAACAAAAGUGCCUUUUUCAUCAAUUUGGUUAGUGGUUACAUAAAGUCUGGCAAUUUAGAAUCUGUGUCUGCAACUAUUCUGCAUUGUUGCGAAGAUUCAAAGUUUGGAGAAGAAACUUAUCGUGAAGUGGUUAAUGGAUUUCUUAAUAAUGGGAGUGUCAAGAGUUUAGCGACUUUGAUCAUUGAAGCUCAAAAGUUAGAGCCUUCGUCAGUUUUGGUUGAUAGAUCUGUGGGCUAUGGUAUUGUUAAUGCUUGUGUUAACCUUGGAUUAUCAGAUAAGGCACACAGCAUUCUUGAUGAGAUGGAUGCUCAGGGAGGAUCCGUGGGGCUUGGGGUGUAUGUUCCGAUCUUGAAGGCUUACCGCAAAGAGCAUCGAACAGCUGAAGCUACUCAACUGGUCAUGGAGAUUACCAAUUCAGGCCUUCAGUUGGAUGUAGAAACCUAUGAUUCUUUGAUUGAAGCAUCCAUGUCAAGCCAAGAUUUUCAGUCGGCUUUUUCUUUGUUUAGGGACAUGAGGGAAGCAAGAAUACCUGACCUUAAGGGUAGUUACUUAACUAUAAUGACUGGCUUAAUGGAGAAUCAUCGGCCUGAGUUGAUGGCUGCCUUCUUAGAUGAGGUUGUUGAGGAUCCUCGAAUUGAAGUGGCAACCCAUGACUGGAACUCAAUUAUUCAUGCUUUUUGUAAAGCUGGGCGAUUAGAAGAUGCAAGGAGGACUUUCAGAAGGAUGAUAUUCCUGCAGUUCGAACCAAAUGACCAGACAUAUUUGUCCCAAAUCAAUGGAUAUGUGACUACAGAGAAAUAUUUCAGCGUUUUGAUGCUGUGGAAUGAGGUUAAACGAAAAGUUUCAAAUGAUGGGCAGAAGGGGGUCAAAUUUGAUCACAAUUUGGUGGAUGCAUUCCUUUAUGCUCUGGUUAAGGGAGGUUUCUUUGAUGCAGUGAUGGAAGUUGUGGAGAAAACUCAGGAAAUGAAGAUCUUUGUAGAUAAGUGGAGGUAUAAGCAAGCAUUUAUGGAGACUCAUAAAAAGCUCAAAGUGGCAAAAUUGAGGAAGAGGAACUUUCGAAAAAUGGAAGCACUUGUUGCUUUCAAGAAUUGGGCUGGCCUUAAUGUAUGAGCUUCAACUGGGUGUGGUAUGUCAUCCAUUCUAGCUUCUGCUGACAGCUCUGGCUGCUGUGCAACCAAUUUCUUUUGAUGGAAUUUAAGGCAGAGGAACAUGAAGCCGGCUUGCUCUUUCAAAAACCGAGCUUGUUUGGAUGAUUGCAACGGAUGUUCCUGAUGCUUGUGCCGUUGACAAAGGCUGCUAUUCACAAUACAGGGAGAAAGCGCGUGGUUGGAACUAUAAAGCAGAUGAAAGAGGGAACAUCCGCAAAAUAAAAGAUCUAAUUGCUUUUUUGAAUUCACCAAGUCCUAUAUUCGUGAAACCAGCUCGAGGCCAUCCCAGCAACACAGGAUACGAUCGUGACAGUAGUUAACAAAGGGGGGUCAGAACUAGUUUAAUGAAGCGACUUGCUUGGGCAGUUUAACCGGUUGUUUGGUGUCCUAAAAUUUAUUUCAAUAAUUUUUUUGGGAAUAUGUAAACUUUUUGGUGUAACUGGAGGGAAUCAGUUAAGAGGGUAUACAGUUAACUUCAGUCUUAAUUCGGUUGGGAGUUCUAAUAGCUUGUCAGCUUCGCUGGGAAUGCAGAACAACUCAUAAACAUGUUUCGCUGGAACCCAAUACGGGAAAAUUACUUUGUCUUGUCUUACUACUGUUUGUCUCUUAUUUUUAUUUCAUUGGGUUAAAAUUUUAGUCUGAAACUCUCAUGUUUAUUUGCCCAGACGUGGCAGGAAUUGAAACCCAGUUAUUGUGAAUCUAAGCAGUUGCAUGUACAGCAUAUUUUUCAUUUGAUGGUUUCAUUAUUGAAGUGAGAUCAGUAUGGGGCUAAUUUUAACCUGCAUCAGUUGGUAGGCUUGCUUGGUAUGUGGGUAUGUUUGCAUUGGAAUUUAAAAAAAAAAAUAAGUGACGAUUUUCAUUUUCGGGAGCUCCUGAACCUUUUUCAUUUUGUAAGCUCCCGUCAGCUUUUUGUGUUCUGGGAUUUAUAAGAUUGUCCAAAACCCAUGUAGCUUAGACCCCACCAGGCAGCAAUGUCUAAACACAACUGCGAUAUUGUCAUCCUUAUAGCCCACUAUUUGGUGUCGAUUUCCCUCUUAGUCCUUUCUACCGGUGAAAAUGCAUACUGCUUUGUAGCUAGAACCCACAAAAGAUGGGGCACAACUUUUUAGGAACAGAAAAGGAAAAAGAAGACAACGUUGAAAAAUGAUCACCUCCACCGAAAAGAACUCUAGCCAUUUCUACCCAUAGCUUUUCAAUAUCAAAUACUCGAGUGGAACCCUUGAAAUACUUUGCUUCAUUUUUUAUGUUUCAAUCUCUCAAACUGUUCCCAAACCCUCACCAAUGUCACUCACCUCUAGUGCUUGGAUCUUCGUGAACAUCCUGCUCUUGCUCCCAUCAGUUUCCCCAGUCUCUGCCGCUUCCCACGCCAUCCCAAUUAAUGGUACAUGUCAUGACACAUGCGGCACUAUCACCAUAAAGUUCCCAUUCGGCACUGGUUUUGGAUGUGGGCAUCCUGACUUUGCCAGGUACAUAAAAUGCAGCUCUGGGACACUCCAGUUCUCUACUGGCACUGGCAUUUACACUAUUUCCUCCAUCGACUACCCGAGCAGCACCAUAUUUGUUACAGACCCCCUUAUGUCAACUUGUUCUUCAAUGCAAAACUCUGGGAGCUUCAGCUUAGAUAGGGCAAGCCCCUUCACUAUAACUGAAGAUGAUAUCUUUGUUUUGCUCGGUUGCUCUACAACCUCUCCUGUGUUUGAUCUUGAUGAAGAGCUUUGUGAUACUGGCUCAGGUUCUCGUAUCUGUAGAGGGCUGUAUUCUUGCAAGGGAGUGACAGGCAUUGGACUGCCACAAAAUGCGCCCAUUUCCACAUGUUGUGUUUAUGACUCUCCGAGUGGCCUUGGGUCAGGUUAUGCUUUGGACCUUCCGAAGCUCCAGUGUUCAUCAUAUACAUCAAUAUCUGGGUUUGGGGAUGAUGCUGGGGAUCCGAUGCAAUGGAAAUUUGGAAUCUCUUUGCAAUAUAAUGAUUCGUAUUCUACUGAUAAGUGUAAGGAUUGUGAAGCAAGUGGGGGUUUGUGCGGUUUUGCUGGCUUGGACCAGUCAUUUGCCUGUAUUUGUAGAAAUGGGGUGAACAGCAGCAACAACUGCCUCGGACGAGGGUUUGCUUGGAGCGGGACAGUGAGACUAAAAAUUCAAAUGGAGAUGGUUCUUGGAGGAUUUUGGUUCUUGUGGAUGUUGCUAUUGCUUUGAAGCUGUUGGGAUGCCUCAAAAACUUUUGGGAUUCAAAGUGCCAAUGAAGGGCUUAUUGGAAAAGCUUGUGAUCUCACAAUCUUGGUGAAAGCAGGGACAUAGUUUCCAUGUGGAAUUCAUACAAUCCUCAAGAAAUUGUUCCACUUUGAGCCUAGCUAUAUUGGGACUUCAAUGAUUUUAUGAACCUUUUUAAGAAGAGCAUUGAGAUAAUUUGUUAUGGAUGGCAGCUGUUAACUAUUUAAUUUAAACGUUAUAUAUUC